GUUACCCUUGGGUUAGACAAACUGCUGUAUCCCCGUAAUCCGUACUCCGGACCGUAGUUGGUCCUGCCAGCUUCCAAACCGAUCACUUGCAACAACCUCCCCGUUUCCCAGCCAUUCCAUCACAUCGCAUCGCAGCGGUCGUCAAGCGAAACCCGUACAAAAUGAAGCUCCUCAGCUUCUUGGUGCCAGCUUUUGCUGGUCUGGCAGCUGCGCAGCAUCACGCACCCGAAGCCGAAGCAUACAUCUUCCGAUCGCGACAACCCUCAGGCGAGGCAUCUGCUCCCUCCCUAUCAGCCCCCAUCGCUGAGGCCAUCCUGCAACAGCGCCUUGGCUAUGCCAACCAGCUCGCCGAGAAUAUCCCCGAGGACGAGAUACAUCAUAUCGCCCGGUAUGGAAAGACGUCGCAACGGCUCUUCGCCGAAGUAGCCACCCAUGAGCCAAACCAACUCGUCCUGCUUCUUAGCAACAUAGACAAGACCGCCAUGAAGGCACUGAAGAAUGUGCUGUCCGCCCAGGAGCCUGCGUUCACCACGCCUCGUUUCGAGUCUCUGCCCCCGGCGCCCAAGGGCCAAUGCUCCAUCGAGAGUGCAGUGACAUCCGACAAGAAGUGCUGGAUCGGCAAGACUCUGUAUCUCGAAUACGACGUCACAAGGGAGCCCAAAGCUGUCAAGUCGCUUUCAGAUAACCUCUCCAAGCUGAGAUCCCUCGCUUCCUCCAACAUGGAGACGACUCUCAUCCUGGCUCCAGUCGGCACCACCUCCGACAAAGUGGCUCGCCGGGACUUCUUCGAGACCGAGGCCGUAAUGACCGAGCCCUCCAAGAUCCAGACAACCUCCGGCUCCUCAAAGCCCGCCUCCUCCAAGAACAACGACCAAGACCAAUCGUUCAAGCCACUUCCUUUCGUCGCCAAGACGGGAUCUCUCCCCGCGUGUUUUGCCUCCAAGAAUUCUUGCGAGACCGCCACCUCGGAAUGCAGCGGCCACGGAGCUUGCCUGAACAAGUUCGCCGCUGGUGCUGAGACGGCUUGCUUCGCUUGCCACUGCCAGAAGACCCACGAGGGCAACAGCAAGAGUAUUUGGUACUGGGGCGGAGUCGCUUGCCAGAAGCAGGACGUCAGUGUUCCGUUCUGGAUCUUUGUUGGCUUUACUCUUUUCAUGGUCGGUGCUGUUGGCUUCAGCAUCAACUUGCUCUUCAACGUUGGGGAGGAGAAGCUGCCCGGUGUCAUCGGAGCCGGCGUCUCGAGAGGUUCCAAAUAGGCUGCUUCAAGGUGAAUAGGAGAGCAGGGUGUCAGAAGAGGUUGUCCUACGAAAACACGCGCCCGGAUGAGCUGGCGGCAUGACCGGCGGAACGACUGGCGGAAUGGGGUAUAGGCGGACAUCGGUGCUUAGAAAAUCGAUAGCACUGGUGUAUUAUAGUGUACAGUUAACCGAUACCGUCAUCGGAUAUAGUAUUGCGAAUCUCGAUUUGGUUGUCGAGCGAGGGUUUCAUAUUGUUUAGAAGAAUCAAACAUGUUCAACUAGA